AUGGAGACUUUUUUAGGGGAAAAGAGAUUUUCGUCAUUUACUCAAAGUCAUCCAGAUAUGAUGCGGAGGCAAACGAGCGGCGAUUUUUACGACGCGGAUGCGGAACCCGAGAACGACAACUUGAACAACAACAAAAUGCGUACCGCUAUGGAUGAUGAUGACGAUAAUGCAUUUUACUUUGAUGAUGGUGAAGAACAAAUUCGACAUCGUCGUCCAGAAGUGAUGAUGAUGACGACGACCGGGAACAACACCCCUUUUAAAAUCGAGGAGGAGGAGGACCACCGGGAGCAGACGAAGAAUAACACGCAACAAAGAGUGUUGGGGACAACAGCGGCAGAAAAACGAUUCGUAGCGUUAAAACCAUCGAAGAGGAGUGGACGAAUAAUAGAUAAAAAGAUGAGUAAAAAGAGAACGGCGGGAGUGGGUUUGAGGUCGCACGCCAGGCUAGGUGUGUCGCCAGUGCGAGGAGGAGGAGGAACGAUUACUACUACUACUACUACUACUACUACUGGUGCGUUGUUGUUAUCGAGGAAGAAAGAGAAGAAGAAACGGUCGAUGCAGCAGAGGCGGGAGAGGACGAGUAAGCGGGAAAGGUAUAGUCUCGGCGGCGCGGCGGCGUCGUCCGACGGAGGAGGUACGGACGACGAGGAUAACGGGAGGAGAGUUAUCGGUGGCGUUUACUCGACGGCGAUGGAACGCGAAGACGCCAAGAGGAGACAGAUGCUUUAUAAACGUCUGGAUAGAUUGAAACAGUUGCCAUCGCAGAGCCAGUUUGCGAAAACGCAAAUCGCGUUGGUGAAUAAAUGUUUGGAGAUGUUGAUGAAAGUGACGGUGAGAACGAACGAGGAGGAGGACGAGUUGGCGAAGUUGUUGAGCAGCGUGAAGAUUUGA